CUUGUAUCGGACCAAGUCUGUUGCGUCUGGCUGUCUGACAUGCCAUAAAGGCGACGGUGGACGGGUAGUCUACAGCAAAACAUAAUGGAGAUCAACAUAUCUUCCAAAACUAAUACACAAACUUUAGGGCCAGGGUAGUUAGGCAUUGGACAUCGGGUAUUCGGAAUACGUCUCUGAACGUUUUAGUGGAACGCUAUUAAUGAUUGCUUCGUAAUGCUGGCAAGAGGAACCCCCCCAGUCCAUCAUUUCAGCCCAGAUGCAGUCUCAGUCCCACUCCCUGGUGCCCGGCAGUAGCAGUGUGGGCUCCAGUGCCCCUUCUGGCUCCAUGGUGCAGGUGUGCUUCCCUAGUGUUCAGACUUCUGUGCUGGAGAGCUUGAACAGACAGAGGGAAGAAGGACAGCUCUGUGAUCUGUCCAUCCAGGUGCAGGGACAGGUGUUCAAGGCCCACCGCUGUGUUCUGGCUGCAUCCUCACCAUACUUCCAUGACCAGGUGUUGCUGAAGAACAUGUCCACCGUCUCAAUUCCGGCUGUCAUGGACCCUCUGGCCUUCGAGAGCGUGCUGUCAUGUGCUUACACGGGCCAGCUGCGGAUGCUCCGCGAGGACAUCGUCAACUACCUGACUGUGGGCAGUGUUCUACAGAUGUGGCACAUUGUGGACAAGUGCACCGAGCUGCUGAAGGAGGGGAGGGCAGCAGGAAGCAGGGCCCUGCUGGGGCAGGCUGGGGGGGGGGAAGGCCUUAGGAACCCUGGCUGUAGCAGCAGUGCUGCUAGUGGUGGUGGAGGAGGGUUACCAGAAGUCCAGCGUGGAGGCUCAGACCCCCAACCAGUCCCUCCACAGACCAGUCGGCCCUCCCUGAGCGAGAGCCAGUCCCCCAGCAGUACCAACUACUUCAGCCCCAGAGAAGCACCCUUCGGUGGGGGACCCGCAGUGGUGGAGGCCCCGGGGGAGGGGGGAGGCUCCAACACUACCCCCAGCUACUGUGAUCCAUCAGGGGGAGAGGCCUUCCUCAUUGAGGAGGAAGAGGAGGAGGAGGAAGAGGAAGAGGAGCUCCUCUACUCCAGGAAGAGAGAGAGAAGGAGUGGGAGGAGGAAGCGAGCGAGGGAGGCGUCCGACCUGGAAGUGGGCGUCAGCGACAGCUUCGGGGUUUCGUCCUAUCAGGACGGAGAUUCCUCUCCUUCGCUGAAGCGUCCGGCCUACAGCCAGCCCAGCAUCAUGCCCCGGAAGCAGUGGGUGGUGGUGAAGACAGAGCAGGCACAGGACGAUGACCUCAUCGUCGUGUCCGGGGAGGAGGGGGCCGAGGAGGAGGAUGACGACGAGGAGGAGAGGGAGUUGGAGAUGAUGAGGGAGAGAGAGAGGACGUUCAACAUCUCCAACAUCAGGACCUUGGCUGGAGACCUAGCGUCUAGAGCAGAGACCGGAAUGGACACGCAGGUGGACUACUGCCACUCUUCUGAAGACUACCUCAAGUUUGAUAGUGGCUUGUUGGACCAGACCCAAUCCCAGAACCUCCAGGACAGUUCUGCUCCCAUGGGGGGCAGGUCGGUCUCAUCCUUGUUGAGUCAGGUCCAGUCUGCUGCUGCCAGGGCCCAACUCUACCCCUUAGACAUGCAGGGGAACCAGAUCCUGCUCUACAGCCAAGCCGCUCUGGAAACAGCACCCCCACUAGGCCUGGGAGCUGGUAUAGUCCAGUCAUACAAGGGACCAAACCUAGAGCACGGAGCAGUCCACCUGUCGGCACAGGGGGGUUUGGGUGGCGGCAUGGAGGGGAUGGAGGGAGGGGCCGGAGGAGGAGGGGUCUCAGGAAAGGUGUUCAUGUGCCACUGUGGGAAGACCUUCACCCACAAGAGCAUGCGCGACAGACACAUCAACAUGCACCUGGACCUGCGUCCCUUCCACUGCCCCGUCUGCGCCAAGAAGUUCAAGAUGAAACACCACCUGACGGAGCACAUGAAGACCCACACGGGCCUCAAGCCCUACAACUGCCACAGCUGCGGGAAGAAGUUCAUGUGGCGGGACAGUUUCAUGAGGCACCGCUCCCACUGCGAGCGGAGAGGGGUAGGGAGAGGAGGAGGCGGGGGGGGGGGAGGUGGAGGAGGUGGAGGAGGAGAAGGGUCAGACGGAGGGGAGGUCAUGUCCCCGACCCGGCCCUCUCACCCCCACCUGCCUGGUGGCGAGGCAGGGCAAGGCAUUGUGGGUAGCAGGGCCGGAGUGUCCCUCCUGUCGUCUCACCACCACAGUAUGUCCGCCGGCGGGGGGGUCGGCAACGCCUUGUCCUGUCGGAGCAUGUCCAGCGAAGGGACCAUCCUCGGGGUUAGCUCUCAGAGUUCGCAGGGUUCCUCCAUGUUUGGUGUGGGGUCGGGCCGAGAGGGUUGUGCAGAGGAAGUGUGUAAGGUCAGAGCGAACGACAACGACAGCGUCACAUAACAACCAAAGUAGAGACACCGCAAGUUAUUACCAUAAGCUAACAUAGUCCCUCCUGGAGCCUCCCAGGUGAUCGUUCAGUAUAACUUACUCUUAGGUACCUCUCUCAAUGACUGUUGGGUAGGACAUGGUGUAUGUCUUGUCAGAUAACCAAAUAUGAAGAGACAAUAAAUAACAGGUCCUUGUUAACUUUGUCAGAAAAAUGAUAGAAAUAUGGUGAAAAUAAUAGUCAAUGUGAGUGAUGUGAUUAAUUGCGGCAGUAUCGCCUCUCUAAGCAAGAUAAUGCCUACAUUAACUGUCAGUCAGUACUGCCAUUUUGUUUCAAACAUACACAUACUGUAUAUGGAUCAAUUGUACUAAACUCUACUUCUAACAACAUAACUCCAACUCUACCAUUCCUGCUGCUAUUUGACCAUUCUCAUUCU